AUGGAGAUAGUCACAGUACUCAAUGUUGUUAUUCUUUGUGUUCUGGUGUUUUGUCCCAGCGGAGUUAUUCCUGGUACGGUUCCUAUUCCUGCACAAAAGUCUCAGGUAGAGAGCUGGUUCAAAGCCAACGUUAAACCCCUUCCAGGCAGAGAGGGUGUGGACCCCGCCCUCGUGAAGGCCGAGGCCGCCCCGGUGUACCUUAAGGUCGGAAAUGGAGGUCAGUUCAAAACCAUCCAGGCAGCCAUUAAUAGCAUUCCUGCUAGGAACACAAAACGGCACAUUAUUUUCAUAUCCGGUGGGUUUUAUCACGAGAGGGUCAAGAUUGACUAUAAUAAGCCUUUUGUCACCCUUUUCGGAGAUCCUAAGAAUAGGCCAACUUUAGUUGCCGCUGCCACGGCUGCUCAGCUUGGUACCAUAUACAGUGCCACUUUGUACGUUUUGUCGGAUUACUUCUCAGCCGUUAAUAUUGACGUCAGGAAUUCGGCUCCCAGGCCCACUGGCAAAAAGGAUCAGCAAGCUGUGGCUAUGACCAUAACAGGUGACAAGGCUUCCUUCUACAGCUGUAGAUUUUAUGGAUUCCAAGACACCCUUUGUGAUCAUAACAACAGACAUUUCUACAAGGAUUGCUACGUUGAAGGCACUGUAGAUUUCGUGUUUGGCGAUGCCAAGAGCAUCUUUUUGAAUACACAAUUGCGUGUGAUCCCAGGCGACCAAAUGGCGAUGGUGUCGGCACACGGUAGAAAUACUGCAAAAGAGGACACAGGAUUCUCUUUCGUACAUUGCCAAGUUACCGGGAGUUCCAAGAUUGCAGUACUAGGCAGAGGAUGGUUUCCUUAUUCUAAGACCAUAUAUGCCUACACCUAUAUAGGCAAUGCCAUCAAACCCGAGGGAUGGAUGGGGAUGCGCGCCAAUCCCAAGGAUGGAGGAACAUGUUACUUCGGAGAAUAUAACAAUACAGGGCCGGGGGCAAAAAUGGAUGGUCGACCAAAAUUUGUUAAGAGGCUGACAGGUGCAGAAGUAAAGCCUUACAUCACCCUGGAUUACAUACAGGCUUCCAAGUGGUUGCUUCCCCCAAUCAUCAAAGCUGUUCAAUGA